AUGAAGACGGAUUCAAAGAGACAAUUACUACCCCAGGGGGGUACCGGAAACGGACAAUCCUCCGCUGUAGCGACACCGCCGGUCACUGGAUUACCGGACGGGGGUGUGGCUACAGUCCGCCCUGCGUAUUCUGGGGGGGGCGAGAACCCGCCUUGCGCAUUGCGCAACCAACGACUCGGCUAUGUAAAAAGGACAGAUGACCAAGCAAAAAACGAACCCACCACUAACCCAACUACCCUGACAGCACCCGACUUGCAACCAUGCCCGACCACAGCUAACAAGGACUCCGAUAUAACUAUGACUUCAGUCGCGAUGGCCGUCCCUCCACCAGAUAUAAAAUCCGCUUGGGCCAACGUAGAAUCCAAGCACAAGCGGAAAAAACCUAAAAGGAAGAGAAACAAGACGGACUUACAGACUGCAUCCCCUUCAGGCACACGCCUAAGCGGGCAGACGUCGAAGACAGAAAGGACUACAACAGUGACAGGCAAGGCCCAGACGGGGGGCUUGUACGGACAAAGCGGCGGGCAGUCUGCACAACAGCGGCUGCCCCCCGCGGAGACUGUCGUCCCACGCCCAGGCACAAGCCGCAGCACUGCUGUAGUCCAGAAAAUCUCCGGCGAAAACCUUCCGGCGGAGCCUGCCAAACCAACAUUGGACGCUACAUGCGCAAACACCUCUGGCCAACGUCAGCAACACCCCGUCGCACCCCGGUGCAACAAACACUGGAGAGGGCGGAGCGGUGGUGGGGCUGACGAGGACAGAAACCCCAACCCGUCAAAUAGCCAGCCCAGUCUUAAACGGGGCAGGCUAGAUGACUCCAUUUCACCAAGGGGCCAGACAAAAAGAACCAAGACAAUCGGACAGACCAGAACGAGGGAGAGUUACGCAGGCGCGACCCAACAACAUCUGAGUGUCGCAAUCACCCUCGUUCCUAGGGCUGACAUGACGCAGACAGAGGCGAUGACUCUGCAAGAGCAAAUCCAGGAGGAGGUUUUCGAGGCUUGCCUUAGAGAUCCAAUUCCUGGAGUUCCUCUAACCCAUGCACCCACCUUCUCAGGAAAAGCCUUCCUCAGUGAAGGCGUCCUGAAAAUGUGGUGUGAAGACGACCAAGCCCUUCAAUGGUUGAACGCGGUCUUACCAAGGCUGAAUUCGCGAAGGGAGGGCUUCGAAAUUAAAAUAAUAAACCAGCGCGAAAUCACGAAGAGGGUGAAAGGAGCACUAUACGUGCCCAACUACCGGGGAGAGAUCGGCAAACUUCACAGGAUCCUCCUACGGCAGAACCCGAAGUAUGAUAUCGGCAGCUGGACCCUACAUAAUUUCAAAAGGUCGACAGGGAGACUUCCAGGUGUGUUCCUAAUACUAGGAAUACCCCAGGAAAAGAUCGACACCAUUUUGGACAACGACAGGAGGGUAGCCUAUUCCACUGGGACGAUAUAUCUCAAGUUCUUUGUUGGCGAAGAACUUAGUGAUAUGCCGCCCAGUCAAGCUACCUCCACAAAACAGGACAAUACUGAGACAGACGCAGCCGCGAAGACAAUCACACAGACAGUUUGUGAAAAACUACCGGACUCUGUACAGGACGGACAUGACAGCGAUACGACGUGCCCUGGACCAAGUACCGCUCCCUCAACAAGUGGGAUGAAUUGGGAAGGAACGCGUCCCGAACCAAGCAUCACACCAUCAACAAGUGGGAUGCAAUGGGAAGAGACGCGCCCCGGACCAAGUAUCACACCCACUCUAGAGGGGUUGAAAUGGGAAAGGGCAUCAGGCACAGACGCAACUGAUUCAGACGACGACGACAUGGCGGACUCAGCUCCGCUGUAUACAUUACUGGAGAAAUGUGUCCCCCGGGACGCAUAAACUCCAUCAAUAUCCAUCUUCAGUAAUGUAGACAUAGUACAGGCCAACCUCCAGCAUAAGAUCCUUGCAACGGCUACUCUACGCAAACAACUGGAGGAGGGGGCCCAAACCAUAGUGCUGAUCCAAGAGCCGUGGGUCAGAGGAAACCGCAUAUGUGGUUUUGGCAACUGCAACGAGACAUAACAACAAUAAGAAUACAAAGUGGCAUAGGACAACAAACCGGUGCUAGGACAAGACCACUAGUCUUGGCAUCGUUAUAUCUACCCAUAGAAGAACAUAUACCACCAAAAGAGAUGACGGACCUCAUAAAAUAC